UCUUCCGCAAUGUCCUCUUCUUCCGCAGCUGACUGUCCACUUCGACCACUGUUUACUCUAUUUUACAAACGGAACAUAGCCUUUUUUUCCCUCAUAUUAGAAAACGCGAGGAUCAUCACUCUCCUUCCAUUGGGAGGAUCCAGUUAAUAAUGCAGGACAACACUUAUGAAUCAUAUUCCGUGGUGAAAGUGGUGAAAAUGAAACUUUUCCUAAAUACACUCGCAGUGACUUUGUUUUUACUCGACCAUGGUGUGUUUGGUGUUGAGACAGACAGAGCGUCAGUGAAGGAGGGAGAUUCAGUCACUCUACACACUGGUGUUCAAACAGACCAACAAGAAGAUAUUAAAUGGUAUUUCAGUGGCACUCGCAUCGCUCAAAUCAGUGGAGAUCUCAGUUAUAUCUGUACAGAUGAUCAGUGUGUAGGCACUGAGAGAUUCAGAGACAGACUGAAGCUGGACAAUCAGACUGGAUCUCUGACCAUCAUAAACAUCACAAACACAGACUCUGGACUUUAUAAACUAGUGGUAAUCAGCAGCAGCAGCAGUGAAAAGAUCUUUGAUGUUUCUGUCACUGGUGUUUCUGCUGCUGAACGAGAAGAAGUGAAGGAGGGAGAAUCUGUCACUUUAGAUCCUGGUGAAACUAAACACCCAAAUAAUGUGAUGACGUGGUAUUUUAAUGAUAUUCUCAUCGCUGAAAUCACUGGAGAUCAGAGUAAGAUCCGUAGAGAUGAUCAGUGUGAUGAGAGAUUCAGAGACAGACUGAAGCUGGAUCAUCAGACUGGAUCUCUGACCAUCACAAACACCAGAACCACAGACUCUGGACUUUAUAAACUACAGAUCAACAGCAGCAGCAGCAGCUUCAGUUUUAAGAGGGUCAAGAGUUUCAGUGUCUCUGUCACUGAUUCAGGUCUGUCUUCAGCUGCUGCAGCAGGAGUAUGUGCUGCUGUUGUUCUGCUGAUGGCUGCAGCUGGAUGUUUUAUUGUGGUUUACCGUCGCCGCAGAAGAUACAGACAAGCAGCACAGAAUAAGGAUGGUGAUGAUCCAAAAGAGAUUCCUUCGAGUUAUGGGAUGCCCUUAAAUCAGACUCAGGCCUAGCCUUCUAAGUAAACAACAUAGUGUAAUUCAUAACUUUUAUACUUUAAAAAGGGACACCUAAAAGAAUUAAAAAAAUGAUGAAGAGAAAAAGAUCAUCUGAAACUCUCGUCACUCACAAAGUGAUUCCAGGACAUUUUCUGUUGUAUGCCUGUUGCACUAUGUAUACAUAUGAAUGUUUAAGGUGUGGUUGGUAUUUUUUUUUUCAAAAACGCUUUAUAUAAAAAAAGAGUAGGGCAGAGUACCAAAACAAACUUGUAGCAAAUCAGCAUUAAGGGGCGUGUCUGCUCAUGAUGUGGAGGAGAGAGUGUUCAGCGCACAGGACGGAUAUUAGCCAAGCUGAGCGACGACAGAAAGAUAGAGAUGGUGAUAAAAACAGAAGAAGAAAACGUCUGUGAAACAAAAGAAGGCUUACGAUAAGGCACGAAGUAGGACCUGUGUAGAUUUCAGAACAGCUUUCCAGCGCUAGAGAGAACUCAAGGAGCGGAAAGUUCUGCAAUCGGACAACAUGGUUGCUUUGUUUCUUCUUUAUAGUUGAGUAACAUUGGUUUUGCUUUGUUUCAAAGAUCUAAUAGAUGUUGACUUUUGCUUAGAUAUGCUUGUCGUUUUCACUUGUUAGUUAAUCUGUUGUUUGUUGUUUGACAAUCGUAUUAUCGUUCCAGUCAACUAUGUUGAAGACACUGUCAGCCUGGAGAGAGAACACACGUCAAACCUGUUCAUCAAUUUGCACUGGCCACUAAUAGCUGCUUGCAUAAAAUUCAAGGCAUUAAUGUUUGCCCUCAAAACCACCACUGGCUCUGAACCCCUUUACUUAAAUUCAUAGACUUAUGUGCCUCUAGAAGCUUGUGUUCUGCAAGUCAACCUUGCAUCAUUGUUCUUCCCAAAGAGACACAAAAUCACUUUCACAGACUUUUGUAUUAAAUGUUCCCUCCUGGUGGAAUAACCUCCCCAACUCAAUCCCAGUAGCUGAGUUCUUAGCCAUCUUCAAUAAUCAGCUUAAACUCAUCUCUUCCAUCUUUAUUUGAUCCUCUAACUCUAGCACUCUCUAUUCUUUUCUUUAUAUAUAAAAAAACCAUUUUUAGACUCUAUUUAUUUAAUAGCUGCUUGUUUUCUUAAAAAAAAAAAAAAAACUAACACUAGCUUUACUAGCUCUAAUCUUUUUGUAUUUAUUUGUAUUAUGUAUCAAAAUUUAUUUGACAUUAACCGAGAGAAAUGUACCAAGAGAAAACAUUACCGUCUACAGGCGCGAGAGGGCGCUCUAUGCUGCUCAGUGCUCCUGUAGUCUACACUGAAGACAUAGAGCGCCCUCUCAAUGCUGUAGACUUAUGUUUUCUCUUGGUUCUUGGUUCUAAAUAAAUGCGACUUAUAGUCCAGUGCGACUUAUAUAUGUUUUUUUCCUCGUCAUGACGUAUUUUUUGAAUGAUGCGACUUAUACUCAGGUGCGACUUAUAGUCCGGAAAAUACGGUAUAUAUAUAAAAAAACGUACGUGUUACGUGUACUGUAUUUUUAGCUAACUAAGACUUGUAAUAGCACUUAUCAUCCAGGUAGAUGCUGCACACUGGUGGUGGAUGAGGAGAUAGCCCCUGAAAAUGUAAAAGCGCUUUGAGUGCCUAGAAAAGCACUAUAUAAAUGUAAGGUAUUAUUAUUAUUAUAUUUCAUUGCUCUUUUGUUGAUUUUGAUUGCUUCCUCUGUUCUCAUUUGUAAGUCAUUUUGGAUAAAAGUGUCUGCUAAAUGUAAAUGAAUAGUGAAAAAAAGUGAAAUUUUAAAAAAGUAUUUUCAGUGUCCUGUAGUUGGCAUUAUGAAGUAGAGAGUAAAACCUUCUAAUAUCUUUGAAACUCAGUAAAACUACACACUCAGAAAAAAAGGUACAACAGCUGUCACUGGGGCAGUGUCUUUUCAAAAGGUACACUUUUGUACCUUUUAUAUUUAUAUUUAUGCAUUUAGCAGACGCUUUUAUCCAAAGCGACUUAUAGUGCAUUCAGCCUAACGUUUUUUUUUACCUUACGUGUACCUUUUAGGUACUAAUAUGUACACUUAAAGUACUUAUAUGUAUCUUUAAGGUACCAAUAUGGACUCUUUAGGUACAAAGUUGUGCCUUUUGAAAAGGUAUCAACCCAUUGACAACUUUUUACCUUUUUUUCUGAGAGAGCAGAGUAUCCAAAAAUAUACUCAAGUACGGAAAUGAAUUACAUUCACUCAAAUACUUUAAACCUCUGCUUUGGACAAUGACACUGUGUGCCAAUUUUGAAGUCAAUCACAGUAAGUAUUGUGUAGAUAAGUCCAUUUGUACCGUUUUCCAUGUUAAAACACUGCCAAGUGGUCAGUCACUGUGUCCUUUUUAAUGUAAUCAAAAUAUGAGCGCUUAUAUAUGCGUGCCGAGCUCAGUGAAAAAUCUCAUCUUGGUCACGAGUUAUAGCCAUUUUAGUGAAAGUGGCUUCACCCACUUUGAGCAUUUUGGUGUUCCUUGAUGACUGUGAAUCGAAAUUUAACUUUUUGAUAAUUAUAGACACCAGGGAAUGUUUCUGAUCCAGUUUGGUUUCGACCUGGCUAAAAACCUAGGACUAGUUCGCAAAAGUAGUUUUUUCAGAAAUGCCAAAAUACCCAAACAUUUUGCCUCGAUCAAAUCUGCCUAUAUCAAAUCUUUGUACUUUUCAUCACUAUAGCGCCCCCAUCAGGCUGAUUGGUGCAAGCCUUAGUGACAUUGGGGGCUUUCGCACUGCACAGAUAGAGAACCAAUUUCUCCCUCGGGCCAUUUUCCUGGUUGCAUUCACACCGGCAGCAGGAACGCUGAAGAGGCUGAGUUUGUAAAAAUGCUGAAAGUUUUCUGUGAGGGGUGAGGUUAGGUGUAGGGUUGUUGUAGGGCAAUAGAAAAUACAGUUUGUACAGUAUAAAAACCAUAAUGACUAUGGGGAGUCCCUACAAAGAUAGUACACCAGACGUGUGUGUGCACGUGCAAUUCACAAUGCAUUUUUGUCACAUAAAUGUUUUGCCAUGAAUAGAAAUGAUGUCACAUGCCAAACUCCUUACAACUGAUCUUGGCAUAAUAUGAAUAAAUAAGAACUGGACAUAGAUGAUUUUGUUUCAUUAACAUUCAUUUUCCAGUGUUUGUAGUAAGGUAUGCAAAUAGUUUAAAUUAUCUGUGUAUAUAAAGAGGUUUUAUUUUGUAGUAAAAGUCACGAAUCACAUGCCUUUCCACUAGCAGAAUGUUUUUGAAUUGUUUGUUUCUCCUUUAACUUUGCAUCAGCCUGUAUACCAUUUACUUUCUGAAACAAGCAACAAUUACUUGAGAUAUAUAUGUAUGUUCAUGUGCUUAAUCCCAUUUAAAAAAUAAAUUGAUACCAUUACCAUUAAA